AUGUCAGAUAGUAAUAAUAUUGAAGAUAAUGUAGUUAUCAAUACUAUAACCAAUACAGAUACAAAUGAUACAACACCACCAACUACAGAUACAAAUACAACACCAUCAGUAACCUUAAAAAGAAGGUUUGUUGGUAAAAAAAAGAUAGCAGCACAACAACAACAACAAAAUGAAAAUAUUGAUAAUGUAACAACAACAAAGACAACAACAACAACAACAACAACAACAACACCUAUUACAAAAGAUAUAGUAACAACAGAGAAAAAAGUUAAAGUAUUUGGUAGAGGAUUAGCAAUGGCAGCACAACAAAUACCAGAUGAGAUUAUGAAUGAUAAAGAAUUAAAUUUAGCAGUUAAAAUAUUACCAAGUAAUUAUAAUUUUGAAAUAUUUAAAACCAUUUGGAGAAUUAAACAAGCAUCAGCUAAAAGAGUGGCAUUACAAUUUCCAGAAGGUUUAUUAAUGUAUAGUUGUAUCAUAUCGGAUAUCAUUGAAAAGUUUGCAUCGGUUGAAACCAUUAUAAUGGGUGAUGUUACCUAUGGGGCAUGUUGUGUCGAUGAUUACACAGCCAGAUCGUUGGGUGCCGAUUUUAUGGUACAUUACGGUCACUCUUGUUUAAUACCCAUCGACGUUAGUGAGAUUAAAAUGUUAUAUGUUUUCGUUGAUAUUCAAUUCGAUCUUCAACAUUUCAUUGAAACACUUAAAUUCAAUUUUAAACAAACUCAAAAAUUAAUCAUGGUAUCAACUAUCCAAUUCUCUGCAUCGCUUCAAUCAUCAAGGGAGCCUUUGUCAGAGUACUUUUCAAAUAUAUUCAUACCACAAGAGAAACCACUAUCACCUGGUGAAAUAUUGGGUUGCACUUCCCCAAAAAUUAAAUUCACCUCACCAGAUGGAGACGAGGAAAACAAUGAAAUCGUGAUUUAUUUAGGCGAUGGUAGAUUUCAUUUAGAGUCCAUCAUGAUUUCAAAUCCACAUGUCAAAUCCUACAGAUAUGAUCCAUACAGUAAGGUAUUCUCAUUGGAGAAAUAUGAUUUCCAAGAGAUGUAUAAAAUUAGAAGGGAUGCAAUUGAAACUGCAUCAAAAGCAACCAAAUUUGGUAUUAUUUUAGGCACAUUAGGUAGACAAGGUUCACCAAAGAUUUUGGAUCAUUUAGAACAACUCUUAAAAUCAAAUGGUAAACAUUAUACCACAGUUUUACUCUCUGAAAUUUUCCCUGCAAAAUUAGAUAUGUUCUCUGAUAUUGAAUCUUGGAUACAAAUUGCAUGUCCACGUUUAUCAAUUGACUGGGGUUACGCUUUCACUACACCUUUAUUAAAUCCUUAUGAAGCUGAAGUUUGUUUAGGUGGUAUCAAUUGGCAAUCAGUUUAUCCAAUGGAUUUUUAUUCAAAAGAAGGUGGUAAAUGGACAAAUUAUUCAAAAUAA